AAAAGGCACCGCUCGCUAGAGCGCCCAGCUAGAUCGGCUGCGCUGGGGAGGCGGCGAAGAGGGGCGCGCGUCUAGCCCAGGGGCUCUCCCCGCCCUCCCUCCCGCCGGCCCCGGCUUCGCAGAGGCGCCCUGCUCCGACCAGAGGCGACGGGGAGAGGCGACCGGGCGGCGGAUCGUGCCGCGGCUGCUGUUGGUGGUGCGCGCUGGCUGGCUGACGGCUGCAUGCCUGCUCUCGGCCAUGUCGUAUCCUCAGGGCUACUUAUACCAGCCGUCGGCGUCUUUGGCUCUCUACUCGUGCCCGGCGUACAGCACCAGCGUCAUCUCGGGCCCCAGGACCGAUGAGCUGGGCCGCUCGUCUUCGGGUUCGGCUUUCUCCCCUUACGCCGGCUCCACCGCCUUCAGCUCGCCUUCGCCCGGCUACAACUCCCACCUCCAGUACGGCGCGGAUCCGGCCGCGGCGGCCGCGGCGGCUUUCUCCUCUUACGUGAGCUCGCCCUACGACCACACGCCCGGCAUGGCUGGCUCCUUGGGCUACCACCCUUACGCGGCCCCCCUGGGCUCCUACCCCUAGCGCGACCCGGCGUACCGCAAGAACGCCACCCGCGACGCCACCGCCACCCUCAAGGCCUGGCUCAACGAGCACCGCAAGAACCCCUACCCCACCAAAGGCGAGAAGAUCAUGCUGGCCAUCAUCACCAAGAUGACCCUCACGCAGGUCUCCACCUGGUUCGCCAACGCCCGACGCCGCCUCAAGAAGGAGAACAAGAUGACCUGGACGCCCCGCAACCGGAGCGAGGACGAGGAAGAGGAGGAGAACAUCGACCUGGAGAAGAACGACGAGGAGGACCCCCAGAAGCUGGAGGAGAAGGGCGACCAGGAGACCCCGGAGACAGGUGUAGGAGGCUUGGAGCAGAAGGGACCGGCGCCCAGCAAAGACCCCGACGGCCCGCUGAGUGACUCGGAUUGCAAAGAAGCGUCGGACGAAGCUCCGCCGUCGAAAGGCACACCGCUGCCCGGCUGCUCGCCGCCUCUGGCUCACUGCCUCCCCGGCCGGCUCUUGCUGCAAGCCCACCCGCAGCUGCAAAGCGGAGGAGAGGACCCUCCGCGCCCCACCCGCUUGUCCCUCCAGUACCGGCCCCCCUCGACCGAGCUGCAGCACCCCCUCCUGCCCUCCAGCCACGGCACGUCGGUCAUCCACUCGCCCCAGCAGCAACAGCAGCCGCCUCCCCAGGCGGCGGCGCUCUCCAAACCGAAACUCUGGUCGCUGGCGGAGAUCGCCACCUCAGCGGACAAAGCCAAGGAGGGCGGCGGCGGCCACGGGAGCGAGGCGGCCCUGCAAGCUCCGCCGGGCCUGAGCGGGGCCGGCGCGGCGCAGUCCCCGCCGUCGAGGUCGCCGUCGGCGGCGCCCUGCCCUUUCCCCAACGGCGCCGCCGUCCUCUCCCGGCCCCUCUACUACACCAGCCCUUUUUACCCGGGUUAUACGAACUACGGCUCUUUCGGACCCCUCCACAGCGCCGGCCGGGGGGGCGGGCGUGGGAGCCCCCACUUGAACGGAUUAAACCAGACGCUUUUGAGCCGCGCGGAAGCCUUGGCCAAAGAGAAACUCCUCCGGAACCAGCCGCAGCUCGAGCUGUGUAAGGACUCGCCUUACGAGCUGAAGAAAGAGGAAGCUAAAAUAAUCCGAGAGAAUCAGGACACUUUUUCUAAAGAUCUGGGAAGCGCAGAACGUCAGUUUUGGGGACAGAGUGAAACCAGGAUGAAAGGUCUUUUAGUCUUGAGUUUACAAGGGACGAACGGAGACGCAGGAAAGCGAGCUGAAGACUUGGCGGUGUAA